AUGGACACCGAGUCACCAGCUCAUGAGAGCUUCCGCCAAGCCGGAUUGAGCGUCCUCCUCCCUUCAGACAAAGAGUACGCCCUCCGCCAAGAGAGCUACUUCUCCCGAAGCGCCGCCCAGGUCGCGCCCGCUUGCAUCGUCCGGCCCCGAUCGGCCUCUGAGGUCUCGGCCGCGAUUCGCAUCCUCACAAAGGGACGGCAUCUCUUUGCGAUACGGAGCGGCGGCCACGGCACUAACGUGGGGGCCAGCAACAUCGCGGGUGGGGUGACACUCGAUCUCGGGCUUCUGGACUGGACGAGGGUGGAAGACGAUGGGCAGCACGAGCCGGUUGUGGAUAUCGGGCCCGGCGCGCGCUGGGCGGAUGUGUACGCCUCCCUGCAGGAGCGCGGCCUGGUCGUAGCGGGCGGGCGCGAAGGGAGUGUCGGGGUGGGAGGUCUAAUUCUCGGAGGCGGCAACACGUACUUCACCGCCAGCCACGGGUUCGCGUGCGACAACGUCCUGGCGUUCGAGGUGGUCCUUGCUGACGGGCGCAUCGUCAAUGCGACGGCCGAGUGCCACGCCGAUCUGUUCUGGGCCCUCAAGGGCGGGUCCAACAACUUCGGAGUCGUGACCAAUUUUCGGAUGAGGGCGCUGCGUGGCGGCGCGGUUUGGGGUGGUCUGACGCUGUAUCCGUGGCAGGUUCUGCCGCAGGCUAUCGAGGCACUGACAGAUUUUACGAGCCUUGUCCACGCAGAUGUGGAUAGUAAUCUGAUGUGCUUUUUUGCGUACAGAGGUAAUUGCCUACUACCCGAGCUCAAACAAGUCACCAUCGUUUCCGUCUUUGCCCAAGUCGGGGGAGUGGAGAGGGCACCGGCAUACGAGAAAUGGCUGGCGCUACCGUCCAUCCAUACGGACUGCAAGAUGACCUCCCUCUCAAACAUUGUCGCGGAGAAUAUCAUGCCAAGCAGAUAUUAUCAAAUAUGGUUCACGGCCACCAUCAAAAACGACGCCCGCAUCGUCUCCAAAGCUGCCUCACUGCACGAGGAACUCGUCAACGCGCUGAAAAGCUCAGUAGCCCCAGACGGCGACUUCUGGGCUCUGUGUCUACUCCAACCGCUCCCCAAGAUAAUGGCACAGCGCGGCGGCAACAACAACAACGCACUGGGUCUUUCGCGGCAGCAACAUGACGGCCUCCUCCUCCAGACGACGGUCAUGGUGCGCACCCCUGAGCAGGAAAGAAUGGCUUACCCGAAAUGCAAAGCGUUCAUAGUCGCCGUGCGAGACUUUGCGAGGUCGACCGAGAUGGAGGAGGACGGGAACAUGGACUGGGAAUACCUCAAUUACGCCGACGCGAGCCAGGAUCCCCUGGCGAGUUAUGGUGCUGAGAAUGUGAAGAGGCUGAAGGAAGUGUCGCUGCGAUAUGAUCCGGAGCAGGCCUUUCAGAGACUCUGCCCGGGCGGGUUCAAGCUCGCCCACGUGUCGACUUGA